GUCAUCCAAGAUGGCUGCGCCCAGUAUUGCUAUUUUUCGACAUCUGAGUUUCAAAUGUCUUUCGGUUACAAGUGUUCGAGCGGCAUCAUCCAUCCCAAGAUUACCUCAUCAUCGUAUCAGGAAGUCUUCCCACCCACGCUGCCGUUAUUCUUCAUCUGUACCAUCAGCGCCAUCAGAAUCAAAGAGUCCAAGAUGGGAUCUGAUGAGUGCCGUCUGUUUAGAGCGUUACCCUGUAGUAUCCCAGGAGCUCACACAGAUUGAGACCGAAUACAUGACCAUGCAGGAGACCGUAGAGCUGGAGAAUAGUUUACUAUCCAGUCAUGAGAUGCAAGUUAUUCAAGACAAAGAGAGGAUCAAGAGAAGACAAAGUGGCCUUGUUGAUGAUGAUGAAGAUGAUCAAACCAGUGAGCUCAUCUCAGCUCUAGACAUGGAGGAUAGAUACAUGGAGGAAUUCAAUCAGUUUAAACCGGCAAGUUGUACAUCAGAUAUUGAUGAUCCACAAAGCCUUCAAAGGAAACUCAUGGAUAAGCUGGUGCUGCUUGUCAAGUGCAAAGUGGGAGAUAAAAGCAUGUGGAUGAUGCCACAGGGUGCCAGACAAGAAGGGGAAACGAUGCGGGAGACUGCUGGGCGUGUUCUAGCAUCACAAUGCAGCCCACAGAGCAUGCGUGACAUGAGAGCUCAUUUCUUCGGCAAUGCCCCCAGUGCCUGCUUCAAGUAUAGCUACCCACUGGAUAUGCAACGAAAGAGCGGAGUCAAAGGAGCCAAGAUCUUUUUUUACAAAGCAAGAUUGAUGACUGGAGAUGUACAAAUAAACAAGAAUGUGAUAGAGGACUAUGCCUGGGUCGCCCACAGUGAAAUGGACAAAUACGUGGUUCCUUCUUAUCUGGAAACCGUUCAACAAUUUGUAGUUCCAGUCAGUUUAGCAGUUUAGAACCCAACUCCAGAGCCUUCUGGUCAAGAAACCAUUUAAUAAUUCGGUGUCCCACGCAGUUGAGAACCUCACGCUAUAGCCUCGAGGUGUCUGCACAAGAUGUGUUGCAAUGUCCGGUUCUUAUUAAAUCCAAAUAUAAGGCCUGUUAUAGUUUGGAGCAAGUUAGAACCUUCACUGUGAUUUGCUGGACCAACUCAAUCCCAAACCCAAAGUCUUUAAAACAAUGUUUAGAUACUUUGUGUAGACGAACAGGAAUCAAUCCUAAUGACAUGAGCCUAAUUUCAUAAAGCUGUCAAUCAUAUUUUGCUUGAAAUAUGUCUUUUAAAAGCAAAAAUCAAGUGGGGCACUCGUCACAACAAUAUAAACUUAAUGUAAUUUGGGCUAGUAACCUGUUUUUGAUAAGCAGUACUUUUCUGUGCUUAGCACAUUUUUGUGCUUACAGGCUUUAUGAAAUUAGACUGUGGUCUCUUCGUCUGUGGCUCAUGCAUCUUAUGGCAAAGAGCUGCAGAAGCUGUUUGACACAACACUUCCACCAACAUCAUCUCUGUCGAGUGGUGUGGGCAGAGAAAGACACACAUGUGACUCUCAACCAAUGAGGUCGUUGGAUAGUCUACGAUCAUAACGUUCAAUUAUUGUACAAUAUGUUUGACUUCAAAAAUAAAACAAAAUAACAAGCGACAAACUUCAUAUUUGAAUUGCUUCACCCGUAAGUCAUUUUUUUUGUAAUUACAAAUAUUCGUAGGCUGAAAUUAUAUACAAAGUCAAUUUUUAUACAUCGCUGCUCAGAACUACUUCUCUGCAAAUAUAAAGCUACUUAAAAGUGGAAAAUUGUUGUCUUAAAUUGACAUCAUUUCCUGAAAAUCUGUCUAACCUCUAAACAAUACAUACGUUAAAGUUAUGCUUGAAGGAAGGGUAUACUUUGGUAGUGACCCUGAAGUAGUGCAAGUUCCACCCCAAAGCCUCCUUGUUAUAAAUUGUUAAUGGCAGUAAGCACCCUGCAAAAUUAUUUUUCUGAAAUGCCCAAAUAGAUGAAAUAAAA